AUGGCUAGUAGAGGAAAGGAGAUAAUAGCUUCAGAUGCAUUCCAUUAUGAUGAGGAAGUAGUGCUAUGUGAUUGCGGACUAAGAGCGGCUAGAAGAAUUUCACGUACCUCUGGCAACCCGAAUCACAGGUUUUUUGGCUGCCCACUGUUCAGCCGCUUAGAGAAUAACAAGGCGUGUGAUUACUUUGAGUGGUAUGACAUUAGAGUUGCAGUAUUCAAAGCCACGGCUUCGCUAUCUGGAAAGGUUUCAAGGUUAGAAGCUGGAAAUAGACAGCUUCGCAGUUUGUUGGGGAGAUUAAUGAAAGAUGGAGCUAGAACAUAG